AUGCCAGACAAACCUUGCCCAACAAUUAUUCUCAUCGGCCCCGAAGGCGCUGGGAAAACAACUAUUGGAAAAGUCCUCUCAGAAAAGCUCAACAAGGAAUUAUUCAGCCUCGAUCGACACCGCAAAGAGCUCUAUGCACCCUUCAACUACGACGAUUCUCAUGCAAACAAACUAUACGAACAAGAGGGCGUGGGGGCUCUGUUGAAGUACUGGAAGUACUUCGAAUACAGAGCUGUCGUGGACAUCUUGAAAAAUUCUCUGAAGCCUGGAGAUAGGUUUUAUGGCAAAAUACUUGACUUUGGGGCGGGCCAUUCUAUUUUUGAGAACAAGGAAGAACUCGAUCACGUUGCAGAACUUAUUUCUCCUUAUAAAGGGGUCUUUCUUAUCCUCCCAUGCGAAGGCACCAACGAGGCGCUUCGGAUCAUGGAGGAACGGAGAGGCCAUAAGCUGAGCUACAAUCAACACUUCCUGAAUCAUCCAAGCAACAGGACACUGGCAAAACAUAUCGUCUACACGAAAGAUAUAAGUCCGGAGCGGGGUGCUGAUGAGAUAUUGGAGUAUUUGGACGUUUGA